ACAAAAGUGUUGGACUUCGGAUCAUGAAUUGUUUGAAUGGCUUGUUCCACGAGAAGGGAUAUCGAUGAGGCUCUGCGGUCUCGGGUCGUAAUCCAACCAUGCUGCUGCACCCAAAUACAGCAGCAUCACAGCUUAGCGGGUGGAUAUAAAAGCUUUUGGGCGACUCACUCGAACAGCAACAUUUCAACCCGCUCAUCGUCUGCAGCUCGACAUGCCUGGCGCCCUCACCACCAUCUCCACUUCCACUUACACCCAAGCCUCGCU